GUUGCGGGAAGAAAUAGCACGGGACAAUACAACAAACCGCGUCCUCGGGAGUUUGCGUUUCCCAGACCUGCGAUCCUCCCGACUGUUGAUAUUAUUCAGCAUUUACAUACAAUAAAAGCGAUUAGUGCAAACUGCGUUGCAAGAGGAAAAACUUAACUUGCGCGCAGUGGAGGGAUCUGUGAGCAGCACAGCGUCUCGCGCUCACCGGCUUGCCUCUGUGUGCGGCACAGCUACUACACAGGCCUGCCGCGGCACCACCGCUACGGAGCAAGGCGGCUUGUAGCGCCACACCCAGCUCUUUCCUUUGUUGGCACCACGGCACAGACCCCAGGCACUGCGCAUCCAUCUAUAGCCGCGCACAGCCACACAGCACUACAGACUCACCAGCAGCAGCAAUGGCGGCCGCGGGCGUGAUGGAGCGCGUGGGAGCGGCCCUGGCGGCGGGCGACUACGGCGGCGUGUGCGGGCUGCUGGAUGAGGCGGAGCUAGCCGCGCUGGCGCCCUGGGGCGCAGCUGCCGAGGGAGGAGGCGGCGGACCAGCCGCGGGCGGCGGAGCAGCGGGCGUCGCUGCAGGCGCCGACGGCGGCGCUGCUGCGCCCUGGCCUGCUGCGCUGCACCUGCUGUCGCACGUGUAUGCGGGCAACCUGGCGGAUGCGCGGCUGCUGCUCAAGCGCAUGCCCGAGGGGGUCAGGGCCGACCCGCAGGUGGCUGCCGCGGCUCGGCUGCUGCAGUGCGCCUGGCAGGGCAGCGGCGAGGGCGUGUGGCGGGCACUGCGCGGCCACCCCUGGUCGGGGCCGGCGGGGCAGCUGGUGGAGGCGCUGGCGGAGCGGCUGCGCGCGAGGCAGCUGGACCUGGUGGAGCAGGCCUACAGCCACAUCAGCGCGGCCCGUCUGGCGGCCCUGUGCGGCUGCGGCGAGGCCGACGCACUGGCGGCCGCCGCCGGCCGCGGCUGGCGGCCCGCUGCUGCUGCUGCUGCCGCUGGGGGCGAGGCGGGGGCUGCUGCUGCUGCUGCUACUGCAGUGGUUGUGGAGGUGGUUCCUCCUCCCUCGGGCCGGGGGGAGCUGGACACGCUGGCGGCGCUGGAGCAGCUGUCGGCAGUCAUGAUGCAGCUGGAGUAGGAGGGGGGCGGGGAGUAUGGCGAGGGGGAUUGAGGUGGGAUGGGAGGAGGAGGGGUUCGGUUGGGCGGUGUGGAGGCAAGGAGCAGGAGCAGCAGUAGCGCGCGGGUGCUGGAUGUGCGGAGGGCGAGGUGGAGAUAGAGGCGUGGAGCUGCUGCAGCUGUGUUGCCCGGGCCGGCCUGGGGGAGCUGCCUGCAGGGGAUGACGGGUGUCUAGGAAGCCCUAAUGCUUGGAUACGGCACGCAGGAUGCGUGUGGGAGUGGUGAUGUGUCGCUCCACAAAGCCACUGGUGCAGCGCCUGUGGGCGAGUCAAACGUUUGCGGACGAGUCGUGCGUGGCCUUGGGGGCGGUGUAUGUGAGGUUGAUCUGCAGUUGAUGUGUGUGCAGGCAUGGGGGGUAUCGAGCGGGGGGCCGGGGUUGGUGCACUUGGGAUGGGGGCUUUGGCAAAUCUUGCGCGACCCUGGAAGGUGGCCCACUGUAGUCGGAAGAGAGCAAGCGACACAGCACCGUGUAGAUUUAGCCAGCGGAUGGCGGGGCGCCAGACCUCAUCCGCAAGUAGUUGUGCUGACCGUCGCGCCGUGCCGAUGGGCCAGGGGUGAUCAGGCAAACCGUGUAGUUGAUCCCGUCCAUAUGCUCCGUUUUCAGUUGCACAUGGCAUGAAUUGCUAUUCCCUAUUGUAGAAAAAAAUAGGCGGCAGGGAAAACUCGGCCGGAGCGAGAAGCGACCUCGCGAGUCCAUGUACAUGACUUGACUUUCGCGAGGUCGCGAGGUCGCGAGGUCGGGGUCUCCCUCGGGGUCUCCCUGAUGGCGACCGCUGUCUAUUCCUUGUGCAAACGUAAGGCUGCUAAUGUUGACCAUUCGCGGAAGCAUGGUUUUUCGACCACCCAGUUUUUGCGCCUAAAUCCACACCAGUUCUACUUACUUGUACUUGAGUGCACGGCAGUCAACAAGCAAGCAAGUCUUGGAUACACCAUAGAU